UGAAAAAUAAUUGUCUUUUUUUGGUCAAUAUAAAUGAGUUGGUUGGUGAGUUGUAUCCUGCAUUGUCUCAAACUUCUGUACUAUUCAUCUUUUUUGAGGCUUGACAAGUUCCAGUCUUAGGGGGUUUGUUUUGUCUAAAUAGAGUACUUGUUUUUUGUUAAAAAUAAAAAUAAAAAAUUGAAGCUUUCUUGAUAAAGAGUAUACUUGAAGGAAUCUAGCUAAUAAUAUGAGGCUUUAUAUAGCGUUAUUAUUGGGUGAGUUGUGGCAGAAAUGAAUUAUGCGGACACUUUGUGACGUUUGUGAAAGUGCUGCAGCCAUUCUUUUCUGUGCUGCAGAUGAGGCUGCCCUUUGCCGUGCUUGUGACGAAAAGGUUCAUAUGUGUAACAAGCUUGCUAGUAGACAUGUGAGGGUUGGACUUGCUAAGCCCAAUGAUGUUCCUCGUUGCGACAUAUGUGAAAACUCACCUGCAUUCUUUUACUGUGAGAUUGAUGGAAGUUCUCUCUGUCUGCAAUGUGACAUGAUGGUACAUGUUGGAGCUAAACGAACACACAGUAGAUAUCUCAUGUUGAGGCAGAAGGUCGAGUUUCUAGGAGACAAGUCUGGGCCUACAGAGGAAUUAGCCAGGAAGACAUCAGAUCCUGGUGAAAACAAGAGGGAAUAUAGUCACUCACCAAAGCCAAUGGUUGAAGACAAUCAACAAAAUCACAGGGUCUCUCCUGUCCUAGUUUCAGAUGGGACUGCAGAUGGGCGUGGCAAGAAGGAAAAAAUGAUCGACUUGAAUGUGAAGCCAAGUCGUUUUCAUGGUCAGGCAUCUAAUCAGGAGUAAUCAUCUUCAGGGAUUGUUCCAGGCUACAUAUUUUAUGAGCAAAUGUUAGGAGGCGUCAAAUAGACCUCAUGUGGCACGCCUGUUCCACCUUUGUGCAUAUGAAUGAAGCUCAGUAGCCCAGAUUAGUAAUCGAACAACCUUUGGCAACUAGUGUAAGAUAAAGCGCAAGUUCUGAAUGCUAUGAGUUUUUGCCAGUCUCAUGAUCAUUUUUUCCUUUAGGAUUUAGUUUUGCCAUUAAGACAACAUUGUAGAAACUGCCUGCUGAAAGUAGUUGAUGUAACUGAAGUUAUGAUUAUUUUUAUGGUUUCUUGCACUUGUAUUAUGGUUCUUUAAAAAUUUUCUAUUUAGAGACGGAUGAAGGAGA